UCAGUGAGCGGUGCGGAGCUCUCAGUGGGAAUGGGCCGGACCACUCGGGCCCGGGGGAGAAGCGCGCUGCCCGUCCGCCCCCGUCGGCCGCGCGGAUGGUACGGCCCGGCCGGGGUUAAAGCCGGGAGACUACGCGGCCCGCAGGGGAGGUGGUGGCGCGAUGGGGCUGCGCGCGGGCGGAGCGCUGGCCAGGGCGGGCGCGGGCCGGGGGACGCCCGAGGGGCCCGGGCCGAGCGGCGGCGUGCAGGGCGGCAGCAUCCACUCGGGCUGCAUCGCCGCGGUGCACAACGUGCCGAUGAGCGUGAUCAUCCGGCCGCUGCCGUCCGUGCUGGACCCGGCCAAGGUGCAGAGCCUCGUGGACACGAUCCGGGAGGACCCCGACAGUGUGCCUCCGAUUGAUGUCCUCUGGAUCAAAGGGGCCCAGGGUGGUAACUACUUCUACUCCUUUGGAGGCUGCCACCGCUAUGCAGCCUUCCAACAGCUGCAGCGAGAAACCAUCCCUGCCAAGCUGGUCCAGUCGACCCUCUCAGACCUGAGGGUGUAUCUGGGCGCUUCCACACCGGACUUGCAGUAGCAGCCUCCUUGCAGAUGGGAGGAUCUGACUCUCUGCACCCCUGUGCUGGCUGCCAGGCCUGCUGCUCACUUUGAACAAUGGGAGCCCUAGUUCCCACCUUCACACAUGGGACCAUGGCCUUGUCCCUGAAGAAUUACCGAGAGGAGGAAAUGAGAAAUAGAUGGAUUUGGAGAGCCACAUGCUUCUGGCUCCUGUGUUUUUGUCCUUAUGACCUCCUGUUACAGGACUAUAUAAUAGGAAGGGAAACCUCAGUUCUAGUGGCUUAAACAAAGAAGGCUUGUUUUGCCACAGCACCUGAAUUCUGGAGACAAAUGGAUAGCGUGGCAUUACUUCAAUAACUGGACGAAGGUGGGACUUUCCUCUCUGUGAUCCUUCUGCCUUGCCCUGAUUGCUUCUUACUUCAUGAUCACAAGAUGGCUGCUGUGUCUCCAAGGAAUAGUGUCUGUUUAAUGAAGAAAGGAGUAGGGGAGGAGGAAGGGCUGAGCCAACUGGACCAAACAUCCAUCAGAAAGGAAAACUUUCAGAACCCUGGGCUGUUAUCUCUCUUUCUCUCUCUUUCUCUCUCUGUCUGCAUAUUUCCACUUAGGUCUCCUUGGUCUGAGUUAACUGCCCUGCUACCCCUAGCAGCAAAGAAAGUGAGGACAGGGAACAGAAUUGUCAUGACUGAGUAUACCUAUCACAUUCCAUUCCCUGGGACUGGCCCCCCUGCCUCCUGAAAUAAAAUUGGGAUCUCAUUACCAGGAGAGAGGACCUGCUUAUCAGUUAGUCCUUGCUACGUACAAACUAUCCCCAAACUUAGCAGCUAAAAAGUUACUGGUUUGCUCACAAUUCUGUGGGUUGGAAGUUGGCCUGGGUUUAUCUGGGCAGCUCUGCUGGUCUUGCCUGAGGCCACAGUCAGCUGUCACUUUAGCUGGGGCUGGAUGGGCUAGGAUAGCCUUACUCACUUGUGUGGCAGGUGACAGGCUGUUGGCUCCAGUGGCUUUGUUCUCUAGCAGGCUAGCUCAGGCUUAUUCAUAUUAUGGCCUCAGGGUUCCAAGAGAGUGAGAGUAAAAGUGACAAAACUCAAACUCUGGAGCUGGGACAGUGUCACUUCUGCUAAGUUCUUUUAGUCAAAGCAAGUCACAACACUAUCCAACUCUCAGUGGGAGGAACUGCAAAGCACAAUGGCCAUGGUUCAUCUGUCACAAAUAAAUUUGGAUGGACAGAUAACAGUCUUUCUCUUCCUCCUCCUUCUCUCCCUGCCCCCAUGGCCUCCCCUUUUGAGCCACUAAGACACUGUCCUGGCCCUCAGGGUUCAGGAAAAGAGGAGAUGAGGUGGACUGGGUCUCUGCCAGGCCACUGCCCUCUAACUGGGGGCAUUUCUCACUGUCUACACUGACGGGAUGGGGUGGGCAGGUAGUCCAUUCCAGAGAGACUUCUGCAAACCAAGAAUCCUGUGGGAGAGAGAGGCAGAGGAAGGGUGCCAAGAGAGGUGGGUCUUGCCCCCGCUGCCCUCAGGGAGUCCAGUCAUUUAGCAUUCUUCAGUGUCAGUGUCCCUAGCUCCGUAGCGUGGACAAAGCUUUCUCACCCAUUCCUAAGAGCUAAAAUGCAAUGUGGAUCCUGGAUUGGGAUCGUGGAACAGAAAGGGACAUUAGUAAGUCAAUUGAAAGUCUGGUAAGGCCUGGAUUUUCUUAGUGUCAGUCUCUGGGUUGGACAGGAGUGCUGGGGUUCUGUAUGAAGUUGACUUCUGGCGAUGCUGUUGGGGUGGGAUCAGUAAAGAUUGUAUGGCAACUCUUUGUACUGUCUCUACAACUUUUCUCUAAAUCUAAAGU